UUACAUUCCGAGGAGCCUCCCAGGGAAGAGCGGUGUAGGACCAAGUAUGGUAAUGGAUGAGGACACCUUGAUGAUCCCCAUCAGUAAAGAUGCCUAUGAAGCUCUUGAGAAAAGAGAGAAGUGCCUGAGUAAUCUCAUUUACAAAAAGUUUGCUUGUACAUUGACCUUCAAAAGUACAAAAUGCACUGUUGAAGUAUACAGGAAAAAACUAAAGCAUGGAAUUGACAUUUGUGUUUGUAAGGAUGAUCUCACUAGACAUAAGGCUGAUGCUGUGGUGAAUGCAGCCAAUACCUCUCUCGAUCAUCAAGGAGGCCUUGCUUUAGCCCUUGUGAAUGCUGGAGGGCCAGAAAUACAAGAGCAAAGCGAUCGUUAUAUUCAGAAGUAUGGAAAAAUCAGAACUGGCCAAAUAGCGGUGACAGGUGGAGGGAAGCUUCCUUGUAAGAAAAUUAUUCAUGCAGUUGGCCCAAUAUGGUCAAAUUUUGAACAGCAAAGAUGUUGUCAUCUACUUCGUGAAGCUAUUAUGAAUGUUCUGAAGUAUGCUAGUGAUCCAGAAAAUGCUAUCCAGUCUGUUGCUAUCCCAGCCGUGAGUUCAGGUGUUUACGGCUUCCCUCUCAGUUUGUGUGCUAAAGUGAUUGUAGGUACUAUAAAGGAAUUUGUUGAAACAACUAAACCAAGUUGUCCGAGGGAAGUCCGCCUGGUGAACAUUUGUGAUGCUACGGUUGCAGAGAUGAAGAAGGCCUGUGAAGUGAUUCUGGGUGAUAGCAGUUCACUUCAGGAAACUCUUUCAGGUCAGGAAACUCUUUCAGCUUCACCAAGCCAGCCUUCAGCUUUCAUCAAACUUGGAGGUAUUCGUUUGCGCAUCACAAGAGGACUCCUGGAAAAGCAGAGGACCACAGCUAUUGUUAAUUCUGUGUCUGCCAAUGGUGACCCUUUUCCAGCUUCAAGAGUGCUGCUGCAAAAGGCGGGUUCAGCUCUUCAGGAUGAGCUUAAGGCUCAUUUCAGACAUCCUUCGCGUUAUGAGCCACUCGUAGUAACAAAAGGGUAUAACCUGCCCUGUGAGGUUGUGCUGCACGUUGUAUGGCCGCUGCACCACCACAGCAUGUCAGCGCGUGAGGUAUUUCAAGAUGCAGUGAAAAGAUGCCUGUGUUACAUUCGGAAACAACAAUUUCCCUCAGUUUCUUUUUCACCAAAUGGGAUUUGGUUGUCAGUACUGGAUGUUGAGACAGUGGCAGAUAUCAUGAUCGAAGAGGUUUUAAAUUUUGCCAGGACAAAGCCUGAGGAGAACUUAGAUGUGCAGGUUGUCUUUUGCCCGGGUGACUACAUUGCCUAUCAGGUCUUCCAGGCAAAAGUUUUGUCAGCAGCACGCAAUCUGGGAGAAAUGCCAUAUUACAAGAGAAGUGAUCUUCUGAGUAUAGAGUCAGGCAGUCAAAGCAUAAAAGAGACUGCAAAUAACGACCUGGCAAUUGAACUUAAAGGGAAAUCAAGUACGGCAUUGGAAGCAGCAAAAUCCUGGAUCGAAAGCCUGGUACAAAUUCAGGAAAGUCACCGUGCUGUUAUCGAAAACAACUACAUUCUUAGCCUGGGUAAAAAAGAGUUUGCAGAACUCUCUCUCGAGCAGCAUUCCAGUCUAAGCGUAUCAGAAGAAGUGUUCGGUGGAAAAGCAAGGCUGGAAUUUCAGGGUCUUCCCGACACUGUGAUUGAUGCAGUGCUCGCAACUGAAAAAUUACUGCUUCGUAUGCAAGAGGAGACUGCAGCCAAACAACAGGAACAGCUUUACUCCAUGUGCUACCCAGAAGUGGAUCAGCUUUCAGGAGGACACCUUCACAACACAAACAUUCUGAAGGAGGUUGGGAUUUCACUGGUGGAAUCACACCUUCAGGAGUUUAAAGACAGACAGAGACAGUUCGAAAAAGCUGGGCUUCACGUUCUCAAGAUUGAAAAGAUAAAUAAUCCUCUUUUAUCUGCUGCAUUCCAACAAAUGAAAAAACAAAAAGAACAAAACUGUGGUGUCUCCAGAAUAACCCACAAGUUGUACCAGUGUGUUCCUGCUCAGUUCUGUGCCUCGGUGUGCCAGACUGGAUUUCACAGGAUGUAUUCUCCACCAGCAGAACAAAAAUAUGGAGCUGGCAUCUACUUUAAAAGGAACCCGAAAAGCCUCAUCGAGAGUAAAGAGAAGUGGAAAACAGACUCUAAAAUGUAUGUGUUUGAGGCUGAUGUAUUAACAGGCUUAUACACGAAAGGGAAUCCCUCUUAUAUUAUGCCCCCGGCAGUGGAGGGAGAUGCCUUUAAGGUAUAUGACAGCUUAGUAGAUGAUGUAGAGAAUCCUGACACCUUUGUCAUUUACAACAGUAUUGGGGCCCUUCCACAAUACUUGCUGACGUGUUCCCCAGCGAGAGAGAGGGCCCCUGAGGAAACCAGCAGCAUCCUGAGUAAGAAUUUCUCAGAACAGUGGCUCUGAGCAAAGAGAGCAAAGUCCCCCUCAGGACAAAGUUUAUUACCUAAAUUUUAGGAGGAUACUCUACCGAGUAAUGUGCUGUGAUCAAAGUGCCUCAUAUAAAGUGCUCUGCAAUAGCCACAAACAAAAACCAUUAAGUCUAGUCUUAAGACUAGAACGGAAUUACCUGUGAAACAGAAGGGAAAGCAUCACAAAAUACAGUUUAACAUUUAUCUGGUCAUUUACUUUAAGGCAUAAGGUAUUCUGAGGAUGUGACUGUACGCUUCAUGUCUGCGUGGGCUGUCAUUCUUCCAUUUUCUUAACCAGAGAUAUUUUGCUUAUGUUAGUGAAUCCAAGAGAUCUUGGUUGUGCCUUUGAUUCUUAAAUUUUCUUUUGACUUACAGAGGUUAAUCUGUCAGAUGAAAGCUAUUCCCCCUUAGGACAUGCUAGUAAAUACAUGGUUAAGACAAAUGUGAAGCAAUACUUCAUGAUUUUUAACAAUAGCUGCUGUUAGUUUUUAUCAGUUACGAGACUCCAAGCAUUGUAGAUACAUGCAAUUCAAAAUAAAAAGUUAUGAACAAC